AUGUCCGCACUGCAGCGUUCUGUUUUUUUUCCUACUUCCUCAUUCCCGUUUUCCUCCGGACACCAGGGAGUCCCCCAAUGGUUUCCAGGUAUCUUAGCCCACGUGGACCACGGCAAAACCACCUGUGCUGACAACUUGGUGUCCACCAAUGGUCACAUUAGUCGACAUCAAGCAGGGAAGAUCCGCUUCAUGGAUUCACGCCAGGACGAACAGGAGCGGGAAAUCACCAUGAAGUCCAGCUCCAUUGCGCUGCGCUGGUUGAGUCCCAAGAAGGAGAUCUUCCUGGUGAAUCUCAUUGAUUCGCCUGGCCAUGUGGACUUCACCAGUGAGGUCUCCACUGCCGCACGGCUGGCCGACGGUGCCCUGGUGGUGGUGGACUGCGUGGAAGGCGUCGAGGCACAGACGCGCACCGUGCUGCGGCAGGCGUACCGCGAUCGGGUGAAGUCUUGCCUUUUUCUUAACAAGGUUGAUCGACUCAUCUAUGAGUUGAAGUUGUCACCCUUGGAAAUCCAUUUGCGGCUGCUUCGCAUUGUGGAGCAGAUCAAUGCAGCGAAUCAACAACUCUUUUCGGAGGAAGUCAUGGCGGGUGCCGCUGAAGCCUCUGGCAGCCGCCUGCGGAAGGGCUCUGGGGAGAUCUUAGACGCCGUGGAUCUGGCUGAAGAGCUGGAUUUCGACGACGAGGACCGUUGGCGAUACUCUCCAGAGCUGGGGAACGUGGCCUUUGGCUCUGCAGUGCAUGGUUGGGCCUUUCGUUUGGACACAUUUGCGGAAAUGUGGGCCGAGAAGUUGAAAGCGAAGCCCGCCAAUUUGCAGAGAGUCUUAUGGGGCGACUGGACCUACCGACAGAAGGACAAGAAAGCUGUGAAGCGAUCAUCCGAUUCUCAGUCCAAUACGAUGUUCGCCAGUUUGGUCAUGAAACCAAUUUGCGAUUUCUACGACUCGGUCUACAUGGACCUGGAUCGAGAUCGCCUGCAGGGGAUGCGCAAGCAGAUCAAGGCUUGGGACGACAUCGACUUUGACAAGCUCUCGGCAGGCGCCACUGCCACCAAAGAGUUGGCAUCAAGGUGGCUGCCCUUUGCAGAGACUGUGCUGCAGAUGGUCAGCGAGUUGCCGAGUCCCAAGGAUGCUGCACCACAGCGGCUGCCUGUGCUAUGCCCCAAGUGGUUUACGCCCAAGGCGACCACGGCGCCACAGGCGGCCGCGAGGAGUUUGGAAGAAAGCGACCCCAAGGGGCCUGCGGUGGUGUACUUGGCCAAGUUUUUGGCCGCGGAUUUGGAGAACUUGGUGCUCACAGGAGAUACUCCCAAAGGAGAGCAGGAUGUUGACUUUGUUGGCAUUUGCCGGGUCUUUUCGGGCACUCUGAAACCAGGGCUCCAACUCCGUGACACCGGCGCCGGCACCCAGCGGGUGGUUCACUUGGAGCGGAUCUUUCUGUUGAUGGGGCGCUUCUUGCAGGAGGUGAAUGAGGCUCCAGCUGGAUCCAUCGUGGCAUGUGCAAUCAGCUCGAUGGAGGGUUCAGAACUGGGCGUCGAGCGAUGUUUGACCCUUUGCGAAGACUCCGAGGGGCCGUGCUUUGAGACGCCAUACAGCAGCCAGGCCUUCGCCAUCGUUCGUGUGAGCAUCGAGCCCGAAGAUGUCGCGCAUUUGAAGGCGUUGGAACGUGGACUUCGCUUGUUGCACCGAGCUGAUCCUUCGGUCAGUGUAGAGGCCCUGGUCACUGGAGAAAAUGUCCUGGGCUGCUGCGGAGAUGAGCACCUGAAACGUUGCCUCAACGACUUGGAGAAGCUCUACGCUCGGAGCAUCAAACUUUUGGUCACUCCUCCACUGGUGGCUGUGCGAGAGUCCAUUGCCAAGUCGGUGGAACGGGCUGACCUGAAGGCGGCAUCCCUCUUUCUGCCUAUUUGGAUGGCUCAUUUGCACGACGUCUCCACUGAGGCGGGCUCUAUGAUGUCCAUCCAGUCCGCUCCUUCGGAGGAUGACACGGUGACUUCAGACGCUCCGCAACAGACAGAGCGAUGGAACAUGUCCGCCAGCGCCGUGAUGACGGUGUGGACGGCCAACCGCAAAGCCUGCGUGCGACUCAGCGCCAUGGCCUUGCCGGAAGAGGUCUUGUCAUGGAUGGAUCGGCAUGCAGAGGCAUUGGAAAGCGUCGUCCACAGGCAACAGGCCUCCAUCGAACUGGUGGGCAGCUCUGAUGGCAGCCUGCUGGGAUGCCUUUCGGAAGUUGAGGACCAAUUUAGGCAGUUGCAACAGGCUGAGCCCAGCUUCCAGCUGUGCAACGACAACGAGAUCAGCCUUUGUGGCAUGAGCGUAGAUCGCGGUAGUCGAACCUUGCUACUGGAUGGCAGUGGUUCUGGAUGGCGUUUGCGACAUGCCUUUGACACUGCCUUUGGUGCCAGAGCGGAUGAAGGAGGAGUACCAGACUGGAUGCGGCCGCAUAUCUUAGCCGGUUUCCACCAAGCUUCUGCCGCAGGGCCUCUGUGUGAGGAGCCGAUGCGCGGCGUGGCUUUUGUGGUGCAUAGCGCCUCAGGCACCUUCCGAGAAGAAGAGGAUGGCUCUGCUCCAACGGCCAAUCCAUAUGGACCAAUGAGUGGUCAAGUUAUGGUUGCCACCAAGGAUGCUUGUCGCUACUGCCUCUUACGUAAAGGAUUCUCUCGCAUCUCAGAGGCCAUGCUGUCCGUGGAUUUGCAUUGCGAGCAAGAGAUGUUGGGCAAAGUCUAUGCAGUGCUCAGCAAGCGCCGUGCCAAAGUGCAAGGAGAGGUUUUGCGAGAAGGUACUUCUAUCUUCUAUGUCCAUGCCUUCCUGCCCUUAGCCAACUCCUUCGACCUGGCGCGGCAGCUUCGACAGGCGGCCUCCGGUCAUGUGACGUUCCACAUGGCCUUCUCCCAUUGGGAACUGUCGGAGGAAGAUCCUUUCCAAUCGCUUGGGUCGCCAGAAGAUUUGGAAGAGAUGGGCGAUCAACCGCCCCCGCCAAAUACUGCGAGAAAGUUGGUGGAUGAUAUCCGCAAGCGGAAGGGCUUGCCGACCGACGAGAAGGUUGUGAAAGAUGCGACAAAGCAGAGAACGGACGAGACUGAUGGACUCUUGCAACUCAUCUCCGAUAUUAGAGGCGUAAGCCUACAGGCAGACCCUGCGGCCUUAAACGAGGUCAGGGCUUUCCUACUUAGACACGAGGCAGAGAGUGCCAAAAGCGCCACCCACACUGUGCUGGAGAAUUAUCCUGACUGGUGGGUCAGGAGAAGGAGGGCGCCUCCUGGUCUAAGCAUCGAGGGUGCAGAAGCUUUAGAGGAGCUAAAUCGGCACGUUGGCUUCAUGCACUCCUUGGGUGUUCCUAUGACCUUAGCAGAGAGGCGCACAACUCCGUGCUUUCGCUUCUUUCAAGACCUGGAAGCAUGGGGAUCCAGAGAGGCAGCUCCCCUAGCUGCGUCGCUCUUCAGUCCGGACUCUGCCCUCACAAGAUUGAUUGGCGCAGUCGUGGGGGAGGUUUUUCCCAGCCACGGCGGCUUUUUGGAUGUGGCGGUGUACAAUGCCACGGGCCUUUCGCAAACCAAAGGGGUCAGGAAAACCUCCUUGCGAUUGGUGUGGCCUGGCAUACUUAUUGAUGCUGAUCGCGCUGUGCGGGUGCGAGACUUGGUGGUGAGCCGCUUGGUGGCCGCAACAUCAGCAGAGGGAGGAGCACUUGCUGACAUGGAGGCAGAGCUGAAAAAGGCCAAUGGCUCCAACACGUGGCACAGCUUGGUGAGUGAUGCAGCAUACAGCAGCCGCUCCGUGGUACGGAUGCCGCUCUGUGAUCGGGUGGCUCCACUGCCACUGCGAGGCCCAGAGAAGAGGCCUUUGAAUCCUGUGGGUGUGAUGCGCUACAGCUACGGGGACAAGAUGAAGGUUGAGUGGCUUUGCAAAGAGGCUGACCUAGACCCUGCUGAGUGGAUGAAGAUCGGCUGUCUUCGCCAAGAGGGCGAGGUGCAGCUAACCGAUUGGUCCAUGCCAGCAUACCGCAGCCAUGAGCUCAUUCCAUUGAGCGCUGCGCGCGGUUACAGAGUGAAGGUGCGAACCGUUGCUGGAAGCGAUGGUCCCACAGUAGGUGGUGGCCUACGGAUGGCUAGAAAGCAGGUAGCCGAGAGGGCUGGACAACUGCAAGCACUAGAGCGAAGCUUCAGCUGCACUCCUCAGGAGUUUGCAGAGAAGAUGGAGCCACAGCUGGGGAAGGCCGGCAUCGAGCCAGAUGGCUCACAUGUAUGGAAGCAGCCGAGCAGUGAUGCUCGCAUUGUGAUGUAUGGCGAUGACAAAUUGAUCAAGGUCAUUGGUCGUCCAAACCAAGUGAGAUCUUUGGUAAUGAUCGUUGCCCCGCAUACGGAGGCUUCCAAACGAAUUGGAUUGGCCAAUGGUGAUGAGCCUGAUGCCAAUGGUUUUGCAAAUGGGACAAAUGGCUAUCACAAAGAAGAGGCGACUAAGCCCAGUGAAGCCUCAGGACCUGACACCCCAGAGACAGAAAAAGAAAGGCGCCUUGCAUUGCAGAACUUCGACUCGCUUGGCCAAAGUGAACUGGGCUUGAAAGAAGGUGAUGUCGUGUGGGUGCUGUUAGACCCACAGGCAGGGAAUGUUCAGGAUGUCGAUCGCUGGGUCUACGGCAAAAAGGAGUGCGGCCAACAUGGCUGGUUCCCUCUUUCCCACACCAAGCCAGCUGACGAGGUCGAGGGCGAUGCAGUUGAAACAGCUGAGAGGACGCCAAAGAUUGAAACAGCUGAGAGGACGCCAAAGAUUGCGCUGGAGAGCAAGUCACAGUCGCAAGACUGA